AUGGUCAGAUGGGGGAAGGACCUGUAUCCAGCAAAAAUCCUGGACAUGUCAGAAAAUGAGCAAACACUUGUAGCCAAACGAGAAGAACUCAUAAAUGCCUCAGGUGCCGAGGAGUGUGGCAGAGGAAGGCAGAGGAAAAAGCCAACUCAAUAUUCCUCGGAAGAUGAAGAACAGCUGAGAAAAAAGGGUGAAGAACAGGUUGCUGGAAAGGACUGUUCAAAAUGUAAACGCCUCGAACAGCGUGUCAGAGAACUGGAGGAAGAUCGGCAGCGGUUAAGCCGGCAGCUGGAUACAUUUAAUGAUCUGAGAAAUAUGCUGGCUGAGGUCUUGGCCAGCCAUCGCCAGCCAUCACCAGACCCCAACCAGCCAGCCCCCAACCAGCCAUCACCAGCUCCCAACCAGCCAUCACCAGCCAACCAAGAACAGGCAAAUGAUGAUGUUGUCAUUGGAGGAACCCUCAAGGUCAACAAAAUUAAAUUGCAAAGAUGCAACCACCAACUCCUGACCAAGCUGGUGUGCGACCUGCUAGGAGUUGUAUUUUCAAAAAGAGAGAUGGCCACCUCGUCCCUGACUGGACAAAAGGGCAGUGCCAAAGACGAAAUAAAACCACCACUGGAGGCCACCGCGGUCAAAGCUAUUUUUGAAUACACUCUGCAGAAAUUUCCCAAUGUGGAACUAUCCAUCCUGAGGGGAGCCGUCAGGAAUAAGUUAAACAAUGUCAGCAAGCUGUUCAAGAAAACACAGGCUGAAGCUGGAUCCGAUGGACCCUGAUCCUUCAGA